AUGUCUGCUUCAAAGUUCAGAGUGCAAGAGCAUACAUUGCCAUGCUCGUAUAUCAGAGAAUACCCGCUGGCGAGUGCGGAACGCCAAGAAGACACGCUUCAUCUUGCGAUCAAGCAAUACACCCCGCUUGACAAUUUAUCACCACAAAAGGGCGAUGUUACAAUCAUCGCUGCACAUGCUAAUGGAUUCCCGAAGGAACUAUAUGAACCUUUAUGGGACGAGAUGCAUUCUAGAUUACGCGCCAGCGGAGUAAAGAUUCGCAGUAUCUGGAUUACAGACGUGGCUCACCAGGGCCAAUCAGGUGUGCUCAAUGAGAAUAUAUUGGGAAAUGAUCCAUCAUGGUUUGACCAUCCUCGGGAUUUGUUCUUGAUGAUUAACCACUUCCGUGAUCAAAUGCCACAACCACUGAUUGGCAUGGGACACAGCAUGGGAGGGGCGCAUCUGACAGCUUUGUCGUUGAUGCACCCUCGUCUGCUGAGCACCUUGAUACUGAUUGAUCCCGUGAUCAUUCACAACUAUUAUGGAAACGCUUACAAAUUAGGCCGAAUGUCUGCAAAGAGAAGAGACAGAUGGCCUAGCCGGGCAGCAGCGCGGAAGGCUUUCGAGAAAUCACCCAUGUUCAAAACCUGGGACAAACGUGUAUUGGACUGCUGGAUGGAACAUGCUCUGCGGGACCUACCCACCAAAUUGUACCCGGAAGUAAUGGCAUCUUCCACACCACCGGCACUAGGCGCGGACGUCUCUGGUAGCACCAUCUCUCCGGACAGCAAGACAGAAGUACCUGUCACGCUUAAGACGACGAAACACCAAGAAGUCAUGACCUUCAUGCGAGGCAACUUUGUAACGGCGUUGAAUCCUGCACCGAGCACGGCACCCAACUCAUUAACGCAUCCAGAUGUGGACACGAGCGGGGGAUCUGUGGAACCCUUCUACCGACCGGAAAGUCUCCACCUUUCCAAGCUCCUGCCGUACCUUCGUCCUUCGGUCUUGUACGUAUUUGGCACCGAAUCUGAUCUUUCUGCACCAAAAUAUAUAGCAGACAAGCUGGAAACCACGGGAGUGGGUGUAGGUGGUAGUGGAGGUGUAGCGAAAGGGAGAGUCAAAGAGUUUACGAUGCAAGGAGGUGGGCAUCUGAUGCCUAUGGAGAGAGUGGGAGAAACGGCGGAUCAGUGCAGCGGGUGGCUCUUGCAGGAGCUGAAGCGGUGGAAAGAUGAAUACAUGCAGAUUGAGGCUCUUCGGGCAGCGGUACCUCGAGACAAGAGAGGGCAGAUGUCUGAUGGGUUUGUGCAAGCUUUGAGCCAGCCCACAAAGUCAAAGCUGUAG